AUGCCAAAAGCCACUGUUCUUGUUCAAGGUGCAUCACGUGGCAUCGGUUUAGAAUUUGUUCGUGCAUUAUUAAAACGUGAAAAACCCACACAUGUCAUCGCUACUUGUCGUAAUAUACGAAUGGCCGAACGUUUAACAAAUUUACAAAAAGAUCAUCAACCAGAUGAUUCAUUACAUCGUUUAGAUGUUAUACAAUUAGAUGUUAGACAUCAUGAUGAAUUUGAUAACUUUUCAAAUUCUGUAGAAACAUGUUUAAAUGAUUUAAAACAUGAUCGUGGUUUAGAUAUGUUAAUUAAUUGUGGACACAUUUAUCAUCCAUCAAAUCGUGUUGAAACAAAUUUAAAUGAUGUACUCGGAAUUGAUUUAAAUGAUGUUUAUCAAGUAAAUGUUGUUGGACCAUUAUUAAUUACAAAAAUAUUAAUGAAAUAUUUGAAAAAAGGAUGUAGUCGGUUUGGAAAUACCAGUAAUGGAUCAUAUGCUUCAAUAAUUUUAAAUAUAUCAGCUGAAUUAGCAUCAAUUAAAAAUAAUCAAGUGGGCGGUUGGUAUGCAUAUCGUUUAAGUAAAUGUGCAUUAAAUAUGGCAACAAAAAAUUUAGCUAUUGAAUUUGGUGAUAGAUCACAAGGUGUUAGUCAUUUGGAUAAAAGUGACAAACCAUUAUUGUGUGUAGCCAUGCAUCCAGGUAUUGUUAAUAGUGAAAUGAUACAUGCAUAUAAAGAAUUAUUACCUAAUGCACAUUUUGAAACGAAAGAAAAUGCAGUGAAAAAAAUGUUAAAAACAAUUGAUCGUUUAUCGUUAAAAGAUAAUGGAAAAUAUUUAGAUUUUGAUGGAAACGAAACAAAUUAUUAA